AUGAGUGUAGAUGAGGAAUGUGCUGUCAAUACACUUCUGGCCAUGCGAGCGUCGCGUCAACAUUCGUGAGCUGCGUCGCGACACUCUUCAGUACUGUACUGUAUAUGUCUCUUCUUCAGUGUCGUGUUUGUGUCGCGCGCGGCGGGUGCACGCAGAACUGACAGUGAGGUGAAGUGAAUCUGAACGCAGAAUGUCGCGCGUGUUAAACGCUUUUAAGUUUCACAGCAGAAGAUCUUUGAGAAAAUCUGCGCGGAGCUUCACCACAGAUGACAGGGAUGGAGGUUCUGCUGUUUUGGGGAAACGGUUGAAGGACUCAGCAGAGACUGUGAUCAUUGGAGGAGGAUGUGUUGGGGUCAGUCUGGCGUAUCAUCUGGCCAAAGCCGGACAGAAGGACGUGGUUCUGCUGGAGAAGUCUGAACUGACCGCUGGAUCCACAUGGCAUGCGGCGGGACUCACCACAUAUUAUCAUCCAGGAAUUAAUCUGAAGAAGAUCCAUUAUUACAGUAUUAAACUCUACGAGCGGCUGGAGGAGGAGACCGGACAGGCUGUCGGGUUUCAUCAGCCGGGCAGCAUCAGAUUGGCAUCCACUCCGGUCCGAGUCGAUGAGCUGAAAUAUCAGAUGAGCAGAACUCAUUGGCAUCCGACACCACAGUUUCUCAUCGGCCCUGAGAAGAUCCAGGAGCUCUUUCCUCUUCUCAGCAUGGAUAAGGUGUUAGCUGGUCUUUAUAACCCUGGUGAUGGGCACAUUGAUCCAUAUUCUCUAACAAUGGCUUUAGCAGCAGGUGCUCGUAUGUACGGCGCUCAGAUCUAUCAACCCGCCCCCGUCACGGCUCUCACGCCAACCCCCGAUGGCAAAUGGGACGUCCAGACACCACACGGGACCAUACGAGCCAAUCGCAUCGUCAACGCGACAGGUUUCUGGGCACGUGAACUGGGUCAAAUGAUCGGUUUCCCGCAUCCCACUAUUCCAAUCCAUCACCAGUAUGUCGUCACGGCAACCAUUCCUGAAGUCAAGGCCCUGAAGAGUGAACUUCCCGUCAUCAGAGACUUGGAGGGCUCGUAUUACCUGCGUCAGGAGCGUGACGGCCUUCUGUUCGGACCCUACGAGAAGGAGGAGAAGAUGGUUCUUCAGGACUCAUGGGUUACAGACGGGGUUCCUCCUGGUUUUGGUAAGGAACUGUUCGAGUCUGAUCUGGACCGGAUCAUGGAUCAUGUAGAAAUGGCCAUGGAGAUGGUGCCGGUUCUGAAGAACGCUGACAUCAUCAAUAUUGUAUCUGGACCGAUCACAUACACUCCUGACCUGCUGCCUAUGAUCGGACCGCACCAGGGUGCUCGUAACUACUGGACUGCUGUUGGCUUUGGGUAUGGUAUCAUUCACUCUGGAGGAGUGGGCAAGUUUCUCAGUGAUUGGAUCAUGAGCGGAGAGCCACCAUAUGACCUCAUAGAGUGUGACCCUAACCGAUACGGUCACUGGACCACUGUACCGUACCUGUGUGCCAAAGCCAGAGAGUCUUAUGGGUUCAACAAUGUUGUGGGUUACCCUAAAGAGGAGCGUUUUGCAGGCCGCCCCACAAACCGAGUCAGUGGUGUUUAUAAGUUAUUAAAGGAUCAAUGCUCAAUGGGUUUCCAUGCAGGCUGGGAGCAGCCACAUUACUUCCACAAACCAGGAGAUGACACCGGAUACAAACCCAGUUUCAGAAGGACUAACUGGUUUGGACCUGUCGGGCGUGAGUGUAAACUGGUGAUGGAGAAAGUGGGUGUGAUUGACCUUUCGCCUUUUGGGAAAUUCGUAGUGAAAGGAGAAGAUUCACACAAACUGCUUGAUCGACUGUUGGCCAACAGCCUGCCGAAGGUGGGUCAGACUAACAUUAGUCACAUGUUGACCCCACGAGGGCGUGUUUAUGCUGAGGUCACAGUUACCCAGCAUGCACCUGGAGAGUUUCUGCUCAUCACAGGCUCAGGAUCAGAGCUGCAUGACCUGCGAUGGAUGGAGCAGGAGGUGUCUUCUGGCUCUUAUCAUGUCAGCGUGUCUAAUGUGACCGAUGAUAUGGGUGUUCUUGGCAUCGCCGGGCCCAACUCUCGCAAGGUUCUGCAGAAACUGACAGAUGAAGACAUGAGUGAUACAGCGUUCAAAUUCCUGCAAUACAAAUCCAUUCAGCUGGCCGGCGUUCCGGUCCAGGCCAUCCGGAUAUCCUACACAGGGGAGUUGGGUUGGGAGUUGUACAUGGACAUGAGUAAGAUGGCAGUGGUGUAUCAAGCACUCAUAGAGGCCGGACAGGAGGAGGGGAUCGAUAACUUUGGCACGUAUGCCAUGAGCUCUCUGAGGUUGGAGAAAGGGUUUAGAGCCUGGGGUGCUGAGAUGAACUGUGACACAAAUCCUCUAGAAGCUGGUUUGGAUUAUUUUAUCAAACUCAAUAAGCCUGCAGAUUUCAUUGGGAAAGAGGCCCUGUUGAAGAUCAAAGCUGAGGGUCUGAAGCGCAGACUGGCGUUCCUCACACUACACACAGACAACAUCGACCCUGAGGGCAACGAGACCAUCUGGCAUAACGGCAAAGUUGUUGGAAAUACAACAUCAGGAUCAUACAGCUACAGCACACAGCAGAGUCUGGCGUUUGGUUAUUUACCGGUGGAUCUGGUUAAUGUUGGACAGAUGGUAGAAGUGGAACUUGUGGGUAAAAAGUACCCGGCCACAGUGACUCAAGAACCACUGGUUCUCACCGAACCCACCAGAACACGACUACAGAAGAAGAACAAGAAGGUCUAAGAUAUUACUGGACGAGACUGAAGAUUACACUUAAUCACUGGAUUAUCUUUAGUUUUGAAGAAUAAUUUCAUUUCAUAAAAAAAUCAAGAUUCUUAUUGUUGAUCACCCUGUGAAUGUCUUUAAAAACACGGCACAGCCUGAAGCAAACAUGAUUAUGGAUUAAACACAAACUCGUUAUGGCUUUGCACUGUGCGUGUGUGUUACUGUAUUUCCACAAUCAUGUGUACAUAUCUAUAAGAUCUGUAAGUAUUAGUUUUAGUUUUGUGAUCACACAUGCCACCUAAAAGUAACACGCGAGUCUUAACGCCAGAGAAGAGAUAAAAACAAUCUAUACAAAACAAAUGAUUCCAGUAUGAUUGUAUGAUCACUUAAAUGAGUCUCUUUCUGUAUCUUUGUACUGUACUGUAUUUUUUCCAUCUGAAUAAACAAUCUCUUUUUGGCUGCUUUAA